AUGAAUAUCGCAAUUAUAGAAGUAGCUGCAAAAAAGAACUGCUCCCACUGCUCCAUACUACACUUGAAGCCAUCUUAUUUUGGUCCAGCAACAAAAGAUAAUCCAGAUAAUACAGUAGUCCCUUUCAUUAUUAAGGUGCUUCUGAUCUUUCAACAAUCUUCACUCCUCUCCAGCAGAAAUUACAACCACUACACGUUCGUAACACCACCGUAUUCGCUUCCAAGAGACAGCAGUUAUCGGCCCGAAAUGUUUCCACCACAUAAGCCCCUCGAAGGGCCAAUACCCUAUCGACGAGAAGCCCAUAAACCUCGGCUUUACCCUGACCCACUCCAAUAG